AUGGAUGUGGGUGUGAGCGGUGGGGGCCAGUGGACGGCGGCGCCCCUCAGGGAGCUGCAUGGCAUGGUGGCUGACCUGGACGUGCGGCACUACAUGCUGCAGCUGCUGCAGGCGCUGGACUUCACGCACUCGCGCGGCAUCAUGCACCGCGAUGUCAAGCCCGCCAACGUGCUGAUCGACCACUCCAAGCGCCAGCUGAAGCUCAUUGACUGGGGCCUGGCGGACUUCUACUUCCCGGGCAAGGAGUACCCCGUCAGGGUGGGCGCUCGCUGA